CUACCUUAGAUACAUAAGACAUUAUUAUUGUCAUCAUAUAAAAUAUACUGUAGGAUAGUGAUUGCCAAAAAAGUUCAGAGGAGAGAGAAGUUGCUUCAAGAUCAGAUGAGGAAAGUUUUCAAGGAGAAAGCCAACAAGAACAGAGAAGAUUUGGAUGGAUCAAGUGGGAAGAAGAAGGGCAUCUGAGAACCAAUAAAGGGACAGAUGCGCAAAGAGGAUAAGAGCCUUGCCAAGGUCUCAGAGCCAGAAAGCAGCAAUGCAGGAACCAGAACUCCCUGAAGAAGUGGCUGAACCCAGGGCUGAGGCUGGAAAGCACAGGCUGGAGUGGAACAUUGUGUAGAGCUGGAAAGCAGGGACGUGAUCAAAGAAUGAUAGGAAAAUGUACAAGCCACAGCCAAGGUGUGUCAGUAGCAUGACAGUCAAGCAAAGACUGAAGAACUGUUCCAGAAUGAAGGAAACGAAAGAGAUGUGACAACUGGAUGCAAUGCAUGAAUCUGAACUGGAUCCUGUUGCUACGGAGACUGUAAUGAGAACAAUUGGUGGAACCGAGGAGUAGAUGAUAAGAUUUUUAUGUCAUCUGUCUUCAGAAUCUCCAUACCUCUGUCAAAGUGAUCAGCCUAAAAUGCACAUUUGAAUAUCACAAAUGUGCUUAAAAUCCUACAUGGAAAAAGACCCCUGUGUGGCUCCAGUUACCUCUGAGUUAAAGUUACAAUAUGGCACCCAAGGCUUCCCACCUCUCAUCUCUAAAUAUCUCUUCAGCCUCAUCAAGAUCAACUGGUCAAGGUCCCAAGCAAACUGUGUGCUCAAGGUGGAGUGGUAGUGCAGUGUAGUAAUGAAACAUGGAAGCACUGGAGUCAGCUGAAUCCCAGCUCCACCACCCUUGACUGUAUGACCUUAGGAAACACACGGGAUUAAAGUCCAGGGCUGGGACUUCCUCCUCUGGGUGUUUGACAAGGACUGACGUACUCUAGGUCUUUGAAUCCCGGAAGUCCAGGGCACACCCAGCCUUGGGUGCAGCAUCCUGAAUGCCGGAGCGUAGGUGAAAGGACGGAAGCAAACAACAUUUCAACAUGAGGGACCCACUGACAGACUGCUCGUAUAAUAAGGUUUACAAGAACCUAAAGGAGUUUUCCCAAAAUGGAGAAGAUUUCUGCAAGCAGGUCACAUCCAUUCUUCAGCAAAGGGCAAACUUGGAGAUUAACUAUGCCAAAGGACUUCAGAAACUUGCAACCAAGCUGAGCAAAGCAUUACAGAGCACAAAGAAAAACUGUCUCGUCAGUGCCUGGGCCUGGGUCUCGGAGGGCAUGAAAUCUACAGCGGACCUGCAUCAAAAACUUGGCAAAGCAAUUGAGCUGGAAGCAAUAAAACCAACUCAUCAAGUCCUAAGUGUACAUGAAAAGAAGAGAAAAUCACUUGAGAACAAAGUCGAAAAGACAGCAAAUCUUGUCAUUAGCAACUGGAAUCAACAAAUUAAGGCCAAGAAGAAAUUGAUGGUUAGUACCAAGAAGCACGAAGCACUUUUCCAGCAUGUAGAACGCUCCAGGCAAACUACGACUGAGAAGGAGAAGCAGCAGCUCCUCAAUAAACUGAAAAAAUCAACUGAGAAGUUGGCAAAAGAAGAUGAAAAUUACUACCAAAAGAAUGUGGCCAGCUGCUCUACCAGACUGAAAUGGGAGAACACACUGGAGAACUGCUUCCAGAGCAUCCUGGAGCUGGAGAAGGAAAGAAUUCAACUCUUAUGCAAUAACUUAAACCAGUACUCCCAACAUAUUUCUGGUUUUGGCCAAACCCUGAGCACAUGCCACAUGCAGAUUCACUGCGCCAUCAGCAAGAUCGAUGUUGAAAAAGACAUCCAGGCUCUCAUCGAGAAAACUGCAAUUUCAUCUGCAGAAAAUAAAUCUGAGUUCCUAUUAACUGAUUACUUUGAAGAAGAUCCUAAAAAUGCAAUGAGUAAAGAGCGACAAGAGUCUUCAAUAAAAUCAAAACUGUUGAGACUGCAAAAAGACAUCGAAAAGGCCUCAAGAGACCGGGAAGGCCUGGAACGGAUGCUGAGAGCCUACACCAGCCACUCCUCCUCUUCAGACACAGAGAACCAAAAAAGCACAGCAGCCUUAAUGGACGAGACCAACUUGAAACUAGACCUUCUGCAAGCAAACUCCUACAAACUGUCAUCUGUGUUAGCAGAACUUGAGCAAAGACCUCAGCCCAGCCAUCCCUGUAGUGACUCCAUCUUCAAGUGGAAAGAAAAGCAGCAGACACAUAGUUCUGUAAAAAUAACUCGACCAUUUCUGAUGAAGAGAUUAGAGACUGUUAUGAGCAAGGCAUCUUCUGGAGGGCAAAGAAUGCCAAGUUCUUCAUCUACAGCCUCCGGUGUGACCCAGCUCGGCAAUGGUCUUUGCAAGGCCUUGUAUUCUUUCCAAGCCAGGCAAGAUGAUGAAUUGGAUUUGGAAAAAGGUGACAUUGUGACUAUACACAAGAAAAAAGAAGAAGGAUGGUGGUUUGGAUCUUUAAGGGGGAAAAAAGGCCAUUUUCCUGCCGCAUAUGUGGAGGAGCUUCCAUUAAGUGCUGGGAACACAGCUUCACAAGCAUAAACAAGCUUCUCAAGGCACCGCCUUACACACUGUAAAUUAUACAAUGUGGUGCAAAUAAAGGUAAAUACUGUGAUAUUUACAA